CAAGCACGCUGCACGCAGCGCAGCACGAGUAGAAGGCGAGUGUGUGGUACGUCCGUACGUCAGGUACGUGCCAUACGUGCCGCUGCGUGCUGCUGCGUGCCGCUGCGUGCCGCGGAGAGGAGAAGCCAGAGCGUCUCCUUAUUAUUAGAGGAGCACACAGCUGGCACGGGUCAAGAUGUAAGCUGUCAAGGCGCGGGGAUGUUUGAGACGAGAGAAGAGCGGGUCCAGGACUGAGAGAGAGAGAGCUCAGAGAAUCAGACCUGGCACACACUGGCAUACACUGGCAUACACUGGCAUACACGACAAUAUUACACGAGGGUUACGCGAGGGGAGAAUACAGAAAUGGAGUAGCUGCAGAAAAAGGGGAAAAGGAGAUCGAUCGGUUGGCCAAUAGCUGUGGCAAUGGAGGACAUCAGACUAGGUAUUAUCGUGAUCUGAGCGCUCAAAAAUGGCGUCAGGUUUGCCGAAUGUUCAUCAAAAGAAGCUUGGACCAGCGCCGAUAGCAUCCUUUGAGGACUUAUCCGAAGAAGUGGAAAACGGAGAAUCGGCGGCGGCGGCGGCGGCGGCAGCGGCGGUAGCGGCAGGGCGAAUGCCGGGUAUCGUCGAGGUCACCACGCCGGCAACGCCUGGUAGUUCGCUCAAGACCCCUAGCACGCCACGAAUUGAUAUCAGUAGAGCAAGCAGUUCUUCGCACCAUGAGGAUAGUAAUUCCAGGGACUCGUCACCUGAACGGGAGCUUCUUGCAGGUGCGGAUCCUCCGUCAGGUUGCAAGCUGACUCUGGGUUAUAAGGAAGAUGCUCAAGAUCUGAGGUCUUCUACGGAGGAGCUGGAUUUACAGGAUCCCAUCCACGAACAGGAUCUCAAACGGGAGUCCAAAAGGCGAAAACGAAAGGAAACCGAUGGAUCCCAAUCGGAUUAUAGCGGCAAGCAGCUAGGUCAGGAUCGUGAACGCAAAGACAGUAACUGCUCGGAGAUAUGUUUGCUCAACAUCAGCGGUAGAACAUCUAGAUUAUCGUCGGUUGGUAGUCAAGGCUCCGGCGUCUCGGGGAAGCUCUCGGUUAUGUCAGCGACUUCCUCCAGAUCUCCCAGUCCUCACAAGUGUCUACUAGAGACGUCGUUCUGCGGAAGCAAGCCGACGUUGGCUGACAAUCUGAUAGAGCCGUCGAAACCGGAGACCGAUGAUCUCGAGAAAAUACUCUUGAAGCGAGAGGCCGAUACUACGAAGGCGUUGAUUCCCGAGAGUAUUAAAGUGCCUAUGGUAGGUGGCAAUCUGAAGCCGGAUCCGUUGGAUAAGCCCAGAAGACGCGGUCGUGAGGAGCGGAAGGAAAUCUUCAAACGAGAAGUGGAAAUUACCAAAAGAUUUCUGGAGAAAGUUAAUAUAGAGGUUCCGAUCAUCAAAAAGUCGGGCCAACAACAAGGAUCGGUAAUGCAACAACAGCAUCAACAGCAGAAGCAACAGCAACAACAGCAAUAUCAAUCAAAGAUUCAAAUACAAGAAGUUCAGAAACCCGCGACACUUGAUUUUAACGACAAAAGGAAAAAAGCUCAAAACUUUAAGGAGAUUGUUCAGACGACGCCUACGACAAGUAGUCUUACCGGAAGUCCCAAGUUGCCGAGACAUCAAAAAGUUCGUGAUUUGGAAGGUUCGCGAACACCCAGUCCAUCGUCCGUAUCUAGAAAAAGUAGUUUCGCUUCAUUAUUUAAGACUAGAGCCGACGGUAACGUAUUGAGCCCAGAAUCACCAUCACCUAGCACAAAGCCACGACGGAGUCUGACAUCGAAAUUGAAGGAUACUACGGAGAGUUUGAGAAGUCGUUCAAAGUCACGCGAAAGAGUUUCUGUUGACAAGGGUUCGAUCUUGAAAAAAGAUUCGAAGAAUAAAGGGGUGUUUUCGUCUACGCUGAGUUUGUUUAAGAAACGUGAAAGAAAGAAGAGCUACGAUGAGGCAAUCGCGGCUUCGUGCGAUCUUGAAGUCGCUAGUGGAGAUGAACACCCGUCUCUAGAGAGCAUCGGUCACGUAGAGUUUACUUUCAACGCGGAAAAGGAAAAGAAUCGGCAGGAUGAUUCGAUCUUUAUUAGUCUGCAUGCCGAUGACAGAAAUUACGAGGAAGCCUUGCCGUCAGAGAGUGUUUCGAUACCUUUGGAAACACCGACCAAACUACUGGACGAGUACGAGUCUGAGGGACCGCAUACGGGUAGUAUAAUCACAGAGGUGUCCAUUGAGCACCAUCCAUCGUCGAUUGCCAAGAUUAGAACCGAGGCGCAGAUUGAGACGGUUACGGCGCAAAUUGCAUCCAGAAGUUCGUCCAGAGAUAGCCAGCUGUCGCAGAGCGAGCCAAAAGAUUCGUAUACAUUAAAAAGUUCGUUGAAGGACUCGAAGAUCAGCGCGCAGGCUAACAAAAUAGUCGGAACGCCGCCACUAGCCAAGUCAUCGACUACUCAUGUUAAAUCAGAUAUUAAACUGGCGAUUACAUCGGAAAUUAAAUCGACAGACUUACGAACGUUGUCUGGUGGCUUGUCGAGAGAGUCUACCGGCAAAAAACCGGACAUAACAAAGCCGAAGAGAAAAAGCAAAGAGAAUCAGCAGCAGCAGCAGCAGCAGCAGCAGCAGCAGCGGCAGCCUGAACUAUCUGAGAGGAUAAGCGACGAUGUAGCGAUGCAACAGAAAAGAGUAAGCUCGGACGAGCCUUCUCGAGCUGCUCAAGAAACUAAAAGACUCGAUCACCUCGAUGAUAAGAUUGGCAAGUCGUUGGAACAGGAAGGUCUAGUAAAAGCACCCAGUGUGAUAUCUGAUUUGGAUCAUAACAGCUCUGAAUCCGAAAGAGAUUCGGAGAUUGAGUUUAUUCGCAAUAAGGUCGAGAAACUGACCGAGGAGCUACCAGACGAGCGAAAGGGUCUCUUCUAUGAGGAGAGUUUUGAGGAGGAUCUUCCAUAUGUACCGACGACCCUGCCAUUAGAGAAGAGCGUAGCUGUACCCAUUCUACCAGUUAAACAACGACUUCAGGAAGUAAGAACAAUUCCAAUCGAGAGACCGCGCUCAACGACGCCAAUAAACCCGACCUUGUUGGAUGAGUUUGUAAUGCAGACAUCGCUGGAUGAGAGGCGCGUGGAGCGGAUGAAAAUAUCUCUGCCGCGAGAGGAUAGCUUCAAGUUGAAGAGUCCGCGACGGCAAUACACCAGUACAGCGAAUACGUUCACAGAAUUUGCGGGCAAGGUGCCGCCGGAUGGCGGCCGCAAAGGCGCUACUAAUCAAGGGAAAUCACCUACAGCAGCAGCAGCAGCAGCAGCAGCAGCAUCAUCAUCAUCAUCAUCAUCAUCAUCAUCAUUAUUAUCAUCAUCAGCAACAUCAGCGACAGCAGCAGCACGGCUGAGCAACUGGAUCAACUUCGAAGAGAUACCAGAGAAGCGAAAAGCACCGAAACGGAUACAGACGAUACCGCGGCCAGAGGAUGAGAUCGCAAAGACUGUCAGCGGUGGUUACAACUAUGUGCAACCGGAAGAGUGCAAGUGCGAGUGCCACGAGGAAUCUGUUGGCGGCGGUAGUUCGGUCGAUCGCGCCAGUAUCGUCAGUGACAGUUCGCUGGAGUGCUCGCUGAGUCUCGACGACAGUCAGAGCACGCAGGUGCUUCUCGGCAACUCGACGAAACCCUUCGCAAUGGAUCUCGACGUGCGUUCCAACAGGUCGAGCAUCAUAUCGCAGGAGGAAAACGACGAGAAUCAGCACCAAUAAUAAUUAAUAUAACAAUUGUAAUAGUAAUACUCGCAUAGAGCGCACUUACGCCUUAGAAUCUUUGGAUUUUUCUUUUCUACGUGUGGAAAGAUUAAUCCGAGUUCUUCUGCGACGAGUCAAAGAACGAUUCGAUUCCGAAAGAGAUGUGCGCCACCGUCGCGUUCUCCCGUCGCAUUUUCUUUUUCUAUAAGAAAAGUUUUCAAAACCGGGAACCUUAUUGAAUGAUGUCGGAAUCUGUUCUCCGCUUUUUGAUAGAUCGUAGUAGACGCGCGAUCAAACUUCCGAUAGUUGAAAGUAUGCACAUACAUAUGUAUGUACAUCGCUGCGCGCUCUCGUGUUUUCGAAAUCGAAUUUCGAAAUGUCUUUCGUCUUCGGCGUCACGCAAUUGUUUAUCUGUACAACAAUGUACGCCAAUCGGACCAUUUUCGUAUAAUCGCACCGCGUCAGAUUUACACAUCACUGUUAAUAUACACUUUCGCAUGAUACUUUCACGAUAGAAUUAUGUAUCACUGCAGCAGUAUAUCGCGACUUCUUUUCCUUUUUCAUUCUUAAUUUUUCCUUUGGCAUUAGUCAAAGUCGCACUCACAUUAUGAUUCAUUACGAUCGAUUAAUUAUUAUUCCUAAUUGAAAAGCUUAUUUCUUUAUAUCGUUGAAAGAGAGUUGAAACUAUAUGUAAGAGAACGAAAUGAAGAGUCACAUCGCGUGUCACAAGUUCUUUUUUAAAUAUAUAUUUAAGAAUUUUUGGAGAAAAACCGCGGUCAGACGAAAUUUCUUAUUCCUUCUAUUGUGUCUGUAUCUUUAAAGUUUAUCAUAUAACGCAUGCACAUAUACGAGGUGAUGUUUUGUUAAAGGCAGACAGAGAUAUUUUGUUAGAGGCACCCAGGAUGGUGGCUCGCUAAUGUUUCUCUACUAAUCAAUCACUAAUUUUCUCUGAUGAGAGAGAAUCGCACCGCGUCGCGAAAUAUCGGUGAAACGCUCGGGCAUCACGCGUAUCUCGUUUUCCUGAAAAAAAAAAAGG